AUGCCACGUCGAAGGCCAAUAAGAACAAACCAUGGUAAAUGGAAAUGGACUGGAUAUAUAUCCAGUCCAUUUCCAUUUCGCGCUCACAGGUGGAAAAAUGGAGUCGAGGUCAUAAAUUGGUGUUCCAGAGACUCAAAAAGAAAUAGAGGCGAACAACCUAGAAGAUGGAAAGAUGUAAUUAAAAUGACAGGGCACCGUACAGGAGAAGAGUAUAAGGUACAAGACCCAAUGGUGAGAAGAAGAGAAGAAGAAGAGAAACAGAGAAGACCU